GCUUUUCUUACCUCUCUUUCCUCUGCGUGUGUGUUGUGGUGUUUAGUCAUUAUUAUUAUUCUUAGCUGACGUAGAAAGCGAACCAAGUGUACUUCGACUUUCACCAUAGCGCCGCCAACCGCAACAACUCCGAAAACGGCGUAGACGGCACAGAGACACUGGCAAAAGGCAUCUACCUCUUCGAUAUCUUCAUAUUUGUCUCUCUCUCUUUCUCUGUUGUUCUGUACCGGGUCUGGAAAUUGCUGUAUUAUUUGUGCUUCGUCUUCUCUUCUCCGAUCUUGACGUGUGUGUGGGUGUAUGAGUGUACGAAUCUGACACUCCGCCCCCCCCCCCCUUUCCCCUUCAUAUCACGCUUUUCAUUUGUGUGUGUUUGGUUGCCUUUCCUUCCUUCCUUCAAGCUCAAAGUACGCGACCCCUUUGCGUGUAUUCACCCCCGCCGCUUCCCACAAUUCUCCUCCGGCGACGCGACCUCAUCCCUCUCUAUCUCUUGUGUUUUUUUUCCUUCUGUUUUUCCUUUUCAAGUAUUUCCUUUGUUUCCUCUCGCUCUAUCUAUCAGAGAACAGCUUGCCGGUGCAGCUGCUACUCUUCUCAUUGUAUUUUUUUUCCCGGUUUCUCUUCUCUCUGCUCUCUCUCGCUCUCUCUCUCCCUCCCCCCUCACAUACUCGCGCACUUACGUUGGUUGUUGUUGUUCUUCGUAUUCGGGCAUCAGAACCACCGGCAUCAAAAAGGAAGAGAGAAGAAGAAAGAUGUCCUACCCCCCGACGGAGGCUGAUGUGAUCAGCAACGACAGCCUCUUCUCCGACUCUGUCGAGUUCGAUGCGGCCGAGAAGCCGAUGGUGCCGGAGGACGACUUGGGUUACGUGGAGCCCACGAGCAACCGAAAGAGCAACGACCGCGGGCUGCCGGAGGAUGAGGCGGAUGACCUCAAUCCCGUUCCGCAGCAUAUCCACGACGACGAGGCAGCCGCGCCGCCGCCGCCGGUGAUGAAUGCGUUCAUGAAGCCGCGCAAGACCGCGACGAAGGCGCCGCAGGAGUGGGUGCCGGUGAACCUGCAGGUGCCCGAGGACGACCCGGAGGACGAGUUCGACAUUUCGACAGCGCAGAAACCCGUCUACGAGGAUGACGCCCCCGCCACGGUCGGCAGCGGUGCGCAGAGGGUGAAGUUUAUGAACGGUGAGCCGGACGUGGCCGGCGAGGUGACGAACUGCUUUGAGGAGCCGGGCCUGCUGUACCGUAUUGUGGACCGCCCGAACAAGACGUGGGCCUUCUACAACGACAGCCGCGCCUUCGAGGUACAUGUCGUCUGCACCUUUGGCAAGCACAGCAAGAUCACCGCGCUGGAGAACACGAAGAUGACGCGGGAUGACAGCACGGGGGAGUACGUGGCGGAGGUGACCGUGUACCCCGGCGAGACGGAGCCCUUCAUCAAGGGAUUUGUGAACGGUUUUGCGAGUAAGUUGCGGGCACUGCCGCUGUCAGAGGACUACUACAAGGAUCGCAGCGCAACGCAGAACGAGCAGAUAGUCCAGGCCGAGAUCGACGCGAUCCGCGCCAUCGCCGGCGACGAGACGGACGCGGAACGCAUUCUGCAGAUCUGCCUGGAGAACAACCUGCCCUUUGUCGACCUCUCCUUCCCGCCGGUGCAGGCCUCGAUCGAGUCCGGCGCCUCGAAGCCCUUCAAGCAGCUUCCGUGGGGCCGCCCGUCCAUGUACAUCAAGCCGGAGCUACAGGACCAGGUGCGCCUCUUCCGCGAUGGGAUCUGUCCUGGCGACGUGGAGCAGGGCGAGUUGGGGGACUGCUGGCUGAUGUGCGCCCUCGCCACGCAGGCCGAGGAGCCCAAGACGAUCAUGCAGAUGUUCCGCCACCCGAAGGGCGCCGACCUGGCACGACGCGAGCGCGCCAUCGGAGCCUACCGGGUAUCCUUCAACAAAAACGGCCUCUGGCGCAGCAUCUUGGUGGAUGACUACCUCCCCGUCGUCGCGGGGGUACCCACCUUCGCCCACAGCAGCGACCCGUGCGAGCUGUGGCCGGCGAUCCUCGAGAAGGCCUUUGCGAAGAUGCACGGCAGCUACGCGAUGAUCCAGUCCGGCGACCCGAUGCACGCGCUGACAGACAUGUCAGGCUACCCAGCGAUGCGCAUCGACGACGCCUUCGCCGAGGCAACCGUGAACGGCGGCCGCAACGUGAGUCAGAAGCUGCUGGCGUGGCAGAAGAAGGGCUACCUGACGAUUCUCACGACGCCUGGCAAGGCACCGGCGAUCUCGACCGACGCGAAGAACGCGCCGGACUUCAGCGAUCAGCCGGAGCUGGAGACGGCGCUCGCUGGCACGGGUCUGCUGCCCGGCCACGCCUACUCGGUGCUGGAUGUGAAGGAGUUCAACAAAGGCCAGAUUCGCCUCCUCUGCGUCCGCAACCCGUGGCUCUACGGCGAGGGCUGGACGCGCGCGUGGUCGUGGGAGGGUCCGGAGUGGCAGCAGCACCGCGACAUCGCCACGGCGUGCAACUACGCCAAGAACAGGAACGACCGCUCCAUUGUGUGGAUGAGCUUUGAAGAUGCGCUGCAGUACUUCGUGGGCGGUGGGGUGCUGUUCCGCGACGUCCUGGCGAACGACGCGCGCGUGCCCAUGACCUUCGCGGACUGCGUGCCCGGUGCGGUGCUCAGCGUGACCGUCAAGGCGCCGACGAGGGUGACUUUUAUCCUCUCCAACAUGGACCACCGCGGCAUGCACGUGAGCGAGGUCGGGGCGGCGGAGUCGGACCCGAACAACAUGGACUACCCGCCCGUGAUGCUCUCGCUGGCCGCCCCGGUCGAGGGCGAGCGGGACGUCUACCACGUCAUUGCGAACUCCGCCGUCGACGUGACGCAGCCGUCCGACAGCGCGUGGCUCUUCCUGCAGGCGCGGGAGAUUGCGAUGAUGUGCGACCUGACCCCGAGCGCCGCGCCGUACUUGGUGAUUCCGCGUCUCAUGGAGAGUGAAGAGACGAUGGGCGGUGCUGGUGGUGCCGGGGAGGACAUGCGGGACCUCGUUCAUCCUAUCCACUUCUUCAACGAUCACGCCCACCUCAGCCCGCAGUCGGCGGCGGGGGCGUCUGUGAAGGAGAUCGCCGUGACGGUCGGCAUCGCGACGGAGGCGGAGAUCGGUACCGACGUGGCGGUGAAGCUGUGUCGCAUGGACGAGCGCAACGCCGUCUUUGAGAACUUUCCGAAGUUCGAGACAGAGGAUGUGAGUGCCCAAGAGGAAAUGUACUUCCAGACGAAGAAGGCAGGCUGCGGCUACGCGCAAGAGAAGGCCGGCUCUGCUCUCUACUAA